CAAAAAAUCUUACAGCUUCAACACCGACCCUCUGGAGGCGGGGGCAAGCUGGGAACGCUUGAUAUGCAGUCCUAUUUGGAGGUGAUGGGCCGGCAGCUGGCCGAAAUUCAGGCCCAGCACCACCAGUUCUACGCCAGCCGUCCGGAACGGUACAGCCGCGCGGCAGCGGUCGCGAAGGAGCCCGGACAGGAGCGCCGCGUGCACCGUUCCAGCUCUGCAGUGUCCCCGAGCUCAGCGCGCAAGCCGGAUGGGCCCACACCGGAUGCGCGUGCUGGCACACCGUCGAGCGGCGAAAGCGGACAGGCUGGCAGUGCGACCGUUGCUCGCCGCUCGUUGGCCUUUGAGGAUGGCAUCACGGACGUGAAGGAGCUUGGUAACAAGCCCAAAGGCCGCAAUGCCAAGUCUGAUGGUCACGGCUUGCUGCGGAUGUCCCUUUCUAGCCCACCGCCAAUGAGUGGUCUCAGCAUGGACGAGGACACGGUGGCGGUCAGUGCAGCGCCUGCAGCGACCACGGCAGCCCGGCCGCGGCGGCAGCCGGCGGCGGGUGCGGGGCAGUCGCUGCUGGCGCAGGCGCAGUCCCAAGCAUCGCGGGCACGGGCGCGCACGCCCCCCAGGGCCAGCCCCCCGGGGGUAUCCCCGCGCCAGCAAUCUGCCUCUACCACCGGAGUGUCCCCGUCCUUAAGCCCCUCUUCUGUCGGCGCCUCCUUCCGCCCAGGCAACAGCAACCCGGGCACGCCCAGCUCCGUCGCAACCUCCUCGCACCUCGCCUCAGUCGCGGCUGGCCUCACGCCGCGCGACGGCACGCCGCCGGCAUCGGCCCGCGCCCGUGCUGUCGCAGAUAGCUCUGUUGAAAGCUCGCCCGCGCUGAGCCGGGGCUUGGGGCUGGGCGGCGGCGGCGGUGGCUAUGCCGUGUACAAUGCUGAGGCGGGUGGGAUUUCCAGCGUGAUCGGUUACGAGACCACGCCCGAGUCGCAAGCUGGCGCAGCAGCGGGACAACCUCCUGGCAGCCGUCGGCCGCCCAGUGCCAGCAGCAUCAGCACCAGCCAGUCCCGCUCCGCCUGGACCACGCCGCGGGAGGGGCCGGUAGCAGCGCCAGCUGCCACAGGCCCCGGCCCCGCCGGCGCAUCGCCCUCCACCGCUACGCCCUCCUCUGUGGUCACGUCUGCGCUGACAGCCAGCGCUAUGUCUUCCGCUCUGGCGGUGCACAAUGAGUACAGCGCCCGCGUGCGCGCAAGCGGCGCUGCUGCCCGAGCCCGCGCUGGCGAUGAGGGCACUGUGUCUGAGGAGGAUGGCCUGCCGCAUCCGUUGGCGCUUGCGGGCCGGGCGUUUGACGGCAUCGACAGCGAGGAGGACGACGAGGAGGAUGGCAUGGAGGAUGCGGUGUCGCGGCCAGAGCAGACCGCAGCAGCAGCAUCAGCGGCGGCGACGCAGAGGGGCCACAGUCGUGGGGGCAGGCAGCCAGCCGCGAGUGGGGAGUAUGCAGCGUCGCUCAACUUCGCGGCGGCGGGACUCACCGAGGCCUCCGGGCCUAGCUCCGAGCGCGUGUCGGGCUUGGGAGCGGCCACCUCGUCGCGGGUGCCCGGGUCUCGGCCGGCACUGGCGGCUGCGAGCAUGGAGACAGAAGAGGCGCUGCGGGCGCUGCUCGGUAGCCCGCGCCCGGUGCCGGCGCACGUAAGCGGCGGCCUGAGCAGCAGCCUGGAUGGCGGCGUGCCGGAGGACGUGCUGGCGGCGCUGGCCAAGACGGAUGCGGGCGGGCUGGAUGCGGCACUGGCGGGCCUGGUUCGCCAGCACGCCGCGUACCUGGGAGUCCACGGCCCGGCGGCGCCCAGCGCUAGUCGGCCCAGUACGCAGGGUCAGGGUGCCUUGCUGAGCUCCCACACGUCGCCAGGCGGGGCUGCUGCAGGCCUGGCGGCGCGGCACGCAGGGCUGAUGGGCCCCGGUGCGCUCACGGCAGCACCGGCGGCACUGCCGCCUGGCGUGGCAGGGCGCGGCUUUGACUCCAGCCUGCGCAGCGCCGGCGGCGCGCCCGGUGCGAGCCCGGGCGGCGGCGCUGCCGCCGCCAACGCUGGCAGGGGCCUCGCGCUGCAUGCCGCCGCGCCAGCGAUGGAUGCCAGCAUCAGUCUGGACCAGAUCGACCAGCUGGCGCGGACCAUGGUGAUUGAUGCCGACACAGCGGCGCUGAUGCGGGCCUCGGUGGUGGCGGCGGCCAGCGCCAUGGCGGAGCAGCGCGCAGCGGCGGCGGCGCACCAGCAGCCGGUGCUGUACAGCAUGGGCCCGACACGCGUGUCAGACCCUGGCAGCCAGGCGCUGCCGGAGCCGGCAGCGGCCGUUGCAAACGCCGGCGCCAGGCCCGGCACGGCCACGCGUGGGCCUCUGUCCCCUUCUGCGGCUUCGUCUGUCGGCAAGCCCGGUGGGGACGGCGACUCCGUGUUGUAUGGCAGCCCGUAUCGUCGCGGCGGCGCCGCGGCUGUGGUGCCGGCGGACGGGCAAGUGCCGCCCAGCAUCGCGCCGAGCCCCUACGUACCGCCCAGCCCGCCGCCCGGCGCCGACCCCGCGCCCUACAUGGCCUCGCCCAUCGGCCACCCCAUUAGCCGCCUGCAGCACAGCAGCCGGGACGAUGAGGAGUCCGUUGCCAGCAUCCAGGUCAAGUCAACCGGGAACCGCGCUGCGGGCGGCUCUGAGGACGGCGGUGGCGCGCCCGGCAUGACCGUCAGCGUGGGCGCAGCUGCAAUGGCAGGUGCUGUCGCGAGAGUGGGGCCGGGCUCCUCCACUACACCCAUUGGUGCACCUGACGGCACCCACCGCCGCCAUUCCAACACAGCCGGCGGCGCAAGCUACGACCUAUCGCUCACCGCCGCCGCGGCCGUGGGCGCCAGCCGCUCUGGACUGGCUGGCUCCUCCCGUGCGGCCAGCACCACAGCCUCCCGUGCGGCGCCGCAGUCCCACGCCGCUACUCCUACUGGUAGUGCGGGCGGUGGUGCCCAGCCCGGCCAGCCCGUGUUCAGCUCCUUCUCCCUGGCGGGGCUGUCGCCCUCAGGCGCAAACGCCAAUGCAGCGGCGGGCGCACAGGGUGCAAGGGCGAGUGGCGGCGGCGCCCGGAUGUCAUCCUACGACCUAGGUAUCGACGAGGCGGGCAGGAUGUCGUCGUCCGCCGCGUCACCUCGGCCAGGGCCCUCGGGGGCAGGUGACAGCGCGCUUGGGGCCGGCGCAGCGCGGACAUCAGCGCAGCCGCAGCCGCCGGUCGGCGGGCCGCCUUUGGCUGCUUUCUCGCGUGCAGCGGCCGCGGCGGCUGCCGCGGACGUGGGGCUGGCUGUACCGCCGCCGCCGGCUGCCGAGCGGCGACCAUCUCAAGGGGGCGUCACAGCAGCGACAGGACACAGUGCGGCGAGCAUGGAGGCAGCCGCGAGGGCGUCAGCAGCGGGCGCUGGGGCAGGCGGGCCCCGCGAACCAUCUGCAAAUGGCCAGAACGCGGCGGGCGGCUCCUCCGUAGUAUCCAGCGCUGCCAAGCUGUCACAACUCAAGGCGCGGCGGCAGCAGCAGUGGCAGUCCCAGCACGGCGUCACCGCGGCCGACGGCCCCCAGCAGCCCCACGGCACCCCGCAGGGCACCGGUGCUAACGCCUCACGCGCAUCCGCCUUCAACCACGCGGCUUCAGACGCCGGCGGCGGCUCGCACCAUAACACGCCACACGUGCCUGCCAACAGCCGCAACCGCACAUCGGCAGAGCCCGGCGCUUCCGCCACCGCCGUCCGCGGCUCCGCAGCGUCACCCGCACCGGCGCCGGCGCCGGGUCCUGCCGCCAGCCCCACACCGCUGCUGCCGGAGGAGGUGGCGAACGCAAUUGUGCGCGCGGCCAGCAGCGGCGUGGCGGCCAGUGGCGAGCUCAACCUCGGGCACGGCAUCUCUGGUCUGUCAGUCGCCAUCGAGGCGGGCGCGGUCAAGUGGGCCUGGCAGACCGGGCUCAAGGAUGGCGGCGCCUCGCCGGGCGCUAGCCAGGCCAGCCCGUGGGCGUCACCGGGAGCGGGGCAAGCGGCGGCGGCAGCGGCGAUUGGGGCGUCUUCGGAGGGAGCGGGCGGCAAGUCGGGCGACUGGGGUGUGCAGCUGCCGACGCCGCAGUGGCAGCGGCGCGGCGUGACGCCGCCCGGUAGCCGGCCCGCGGUGGACGGGGCGGACGCGGAUGCGGAGCUGGCACGUAUGGAGCAAGAGGCGCUGCAGCAGCGGCAGCAGCAGUGGGAGGCGGCGCAGCAGCAGUGGGAGACGGAGCUGCCAGGGCCCCAGUACCGGGCCCCGGCAGGCGCUGCUGCAGGAGUAGCGGCGCAGCAGCAGCAGUGGCGGCGGCACACCGACCAUUGCGUGGGUGUGCCGGAGGGUGGGGCGGCCGAAAGUCUCGCGCAGCCGACCCGGGAGUACGCGACGAGCGCGGGCGGGGAUGCCGGGUUGCAGCCUGCAGGCCUGUCGGCAGACGCAGCUGGCGCAGCCAGCAGCAAGGCCGCAGCGCUGUUGCGGCUGAAGCGCCAGAGCAUCAUUCGGCACGCCCUCGCCGGCAGCCAGGCGCGGGAGGGCGAGCAGGCGGGGUUCGAGCCGGAGCCCGAAGCCAGCGUCGCUGCUUCUAUCCAUGGCACCAACUCGCAGCGCUCGUCCCGCGCGGUCAGCGCUCCCAUCCACCGCGCCUCGCAGCGCGCGCAGCAGCAGGUGCCGGACGGCGCGCCGCGUGUGGCGUACUCACGUGCGUGGGAGCAGCCCGAGCCUGUGCCUGAGGGCGACGAGGCGGGCGACGGAGAGGAUGGCGGCGGCAACCAGGGGCCAGCUCCAAAGCCCUUCCUGCGACGCCGCUCCGCCAAGGUUCAACCCAAGAAAGUGGACUGGACACACGUGAAGCCGCGCACCAACAGCCGCAACCCCGAUUACUACGGCGACCAGCCGGAGGCGUACGGCGCGCAGUACGUGCCACAGUACGCGCAGCAGUACGCCGCGCAGCUGCUGCAGCCGAAGCACGUGCAGCACCUGCAGCGCAUCAGCCCGCGCGGCGGCGGCGCAGGCGGCGGCGGCGCAGGCGGCGGCGACGGCAACGCCGACAUGCAGGCCAUACUCCGGCAGCAGCCGCAGCAACAGGCGCAGCCGCAGCGCAGCCCAAUGACGUCGCCGCGUGGUGCGGCCAAGCCGCCGCUAAACGUGAACCUGGCGUCGCGCGCAUGGAGGCCGAGUGGCAAGAGUCCGACGGAGGAUGACCGCUCGGCGGCGGCUGGCAGGCGCCGCAGCAACAUUCCACCGGCGCCGGCGCCACCGUAUGCUGACGGGGGCGGCCUGGGAGUAGGGGCGGGCGGCGGCGGCGUGUCGGGGGCCCGCGCUGGGAGCGCAGGUGGUGGCCCGCGUGGUCCGCCGGGGGCCAACCCGCUGGAUGACCUGCUGCAGCACGUGAACACGUUGCUGAAGGACUUUGACAAGAUGGUGCGUUAGGUGGUGUAUGUGGAUGGCCGGUGUUUGCAGUAUGUCAGCGCAAGGAGGUGGUGGGUGUGGGUAUAGCCUAGAUUUUGACUGUCACCUGCGGUUAGUGUGCGGUUUGGUGUUGCGACUGAUGUUCGUGCAGUGUGGUGUGGGCUGAGCUCCGACAAUUUGGUACAUAUGAGGCUGUCCGGUGUGGUGAGCACGCACGUCGCGUGUGUAGUACGUUUCAUGCUGUUCAAUUUGGUGAGCUCUUUGCAAAUGCAUGUGCAGCGUGAUCAGGCGUCCUGACAACGAUGCGUUAUCCGGUAAUCGUGUGGGGCUUGUACGGAAUGUACACCCCUGCAGACCAUGAAGCCGGUCUGGGCCCCAAGCCCGGGAGGUAUACGGUAAUCGCAUGCCUAAGCGAAUCUUCUUUGGGCUGAGCCCCCCGAGCGCAGCGAUUCAGGGGGGGGGCGAAGCCCCCCAGGAUCACCCCUGUCCGUGCGUGCGUGCUUGCGUGGUCUUUCCGUUUGGUGGCUCGCGUGCCCGCGAUGUCCGAGUGUGCUCACACUGCGGGGCUGUGUUGGUAAGUCUGGCACAGGUUCAGUCCGGUUCGGGAGUCAGGUAUCAGAUAUCAGACAGGCUCAGGUGCCGUCCGGUUGAAUGUUGAACUGCAGGGCCGCGACACCAACUCUGCAACGAACAUGUGGCACGCGCUGAUGGAGAUGCUGCUUGAUAGAGCGCGGCCUGGGGCCCUGCGCCGCGGUGGUGGCGGCGGCAGCGAUGGUGGUAGUGGAGGGCCUGGCCCCACCAGCAGCAGCAGCGGCCCUGGGCCUAGCAGUUGCGGUGUGCAUGUGCGUACCGGAGGGGGCGAGCAAGGCCACGUGGAGGAGGAGAGCGCCUGAGCGCGGCGCCGCUCAGGAAGCGGCGCCGGCGCGCAGGUUGAGGCCGACCAGUGUCUAGUAAGGGUCUUUGCUGGCGAGCAUAGCACAGCACAGUAUGUGGUAGGCCGCACGCAGCAGUGAGGAGUGGUGUGGCUAGAGGAUUUCCUGCUGUUUGGUUGAUUGCUGGCUGUGCUGUUGCUUGACAGCGGGACUUGGCUGGACGCAUGAUGGCGGGCCGUGCCUGUACGAACCGACCUUGGCUAUGUCCGGCCGUCCGGGAGAUGAGGUAGACGCUUGCGGCCUCAGACUAGAAACGUGGCUCAGCCCACUUUUCCCAUGCGAGGGAAGUUGUCUUUGGUGACACUCCAAACUCACACUGGUGUCUAUACACCUGCAAUA